GUCUCGAAAUGAUCGUCGUCGCGUGUGUGUGUGUGCUGGCGAUGGGAGCGGGGGCGGCCGGCGCCAGUGUGGACAUUAAUGAAGAAGAUCUGAUCCCGAAACUUAGAUUUUAUUUCAGCGGCGUCAACCAUUACUCGGAGCUGCCGCUAGAGACGGCGGAGCGCAUUCUCUCGACGGCGUGGUAUAAUGAGUCGCGCACCAAUGUCAUCUUCGUUCACGGGUUUACGGGCAAGCCAACGGGUCCGGCGGUGAGAGCGGUAAUAACUGCAUUCCUGGACCGCAAGGACUGCAACGUAGCUCUGCUGAACUGGGAGAUGCUGGCCGCGGCUGUAGUGCCGAGUCUCGCCGACUCCUACCUCAAAUGGGCUGCACCUAAUGCUCGGAAGUUGGGUCGACGUCUUGGGGACGCGCUAGCGCGACUGGCCGUGUCGGGCCUGCGGCUGGACCGCACGCAGCUGGUUGGGCAUUCGCUGGGCGCUCACGUGUUGGGACUGGCUGGGAACGCUAUGCGCGAGCUGGGAAUGCCGUUGCAAUGGAUAACGGCCUUGGACCCUGCAGGCGUGGGGUUCAAAGGCAAACCUGAAACGGGGCGGCUUCACCCUGGCUCAGCAACAGUGGUUGUCGCGGUGCACACCGACCCUCACAAGUAUGGGUUCCGGCGGGCCCUGGGGACGGUAGACUUCUGGCCCAACUACAAGCCUGGGAACGUGCGCCAGCCUGGCUGCCCGGAGAAGACGGGGCAGAGAUUCUCACCUGAAGACUUAUGCAGCCACAACCGCGCCUGGGAGUUGUUCGCGGAGGCGGUGGAGCGGCCCGGCACAAUCAUCGGCACCCUCGCAAAGAACUACAGGGAGUGGAACUUCUACACUACAAACCAGAGGAACGCCUCCACACUAGAUCUGGACGCCUUUGGGAAGGCAAUCAUUCCAGGCAACUACUACUUCAUCACGAUUGGCGAGCCUCCGUACGGGCUGGGCGACGACGGAGUGUGAGGAGUAAACCAUGCAACACAAGUCUAACGAGAGUCAAUAGUUAUUUGUUUCACAAGGGGGCAUAGUUGUUUAACCGCUCGUAUCGACCAAGCGAAAUAUUCCAAUAUUGCUUCGAAACGUGUUAGUUGCGAGGGUUUCAAGGUACGAAGGUUAAACAAAUUCUGCCCCCCGAGUGACACACAAAACUUUUCACCAUACCCACACAAGGAAAAUAUUAAUUGCAAAACACCAAACUAAAUCAAAUCCAUCAAUUUGAUAAACUUUUAUCGUUCAAAAUCAUCAAAUGUGAGUGUGUUUAGUACAAUGUCCCACUUUGUCGGUUACCAUUAAGGCGAGAUUUACUUGUAUCUUUAUAUGAAUUAACUGACAAAGCGGCUUUAUAGCAAUCAAUAAAGUGGGACGUUUUCCCGUGCACACUCACAAAUAAAAAUCAGUUCUAGCUCUAUUCGUAACUACCAGCUUAGGACAUCAAGUUAAAAGUAUGAAAUUACUUUACACUUUUGUGGAUAAUAUGCAACUGUCAUCCGUGUUCGAAGAAUCAAGAGUGUCUUUAAGAGUUCGUGUGGUGAAAAGAAUUUUCCAAUUUUUAUUUAACAGU